AUGGCCCCUAGUCUGCCCUUUGAACUGAAAGACCCCGACCUCUUCCACCAGGAAUCGUAUAUUGAUGGGAAAUGGGUUGGGGCAAAGAGUGGCAAACGGUUUGACAUCGUCGACCCAGGCACCGACAAGAUGUGGGCCUCAUGUCCCGACAACGCGGUUGAAGAUGUCGACAACGCCAUCCAAUCCUCAUACAAAGCAUUUCAGGAAUAUAGUAUCCUCAACCCCCGGAAACGGGCCCAGAUGCUGAUGAAAUGGCACGAACUCAUCACCGCAGCCAAGGAGGAUCUGGCCAAAAUCCUGACCUACGAGACGGGCAAGCCUCUGGGUGAAGCAAUGGGAGAACUCGACUAUUCGCUCGGCUUCACCUGGUGGUUUGCUGGCGAGGCCGAGCGUAUCCACGGCUCUGUUUCGGUGCCCUCCGCCCCCAAUCGACGGACCUUUGUGAUCAAGCAACCCAUCGGUGUCGCAGUCGCCCUCGUCCCCUGGAACUUCCCAGUGGCCAUGAUCUUGCGCAAGGCUGGCGCCGCUUUCGCUGCCGGCUGUACCAUGGUCGUCAAGCCUAGCCCCGAGACACCCCUGACAUGCCUCUCGCUCGCCCACCUAGCUACCAAGGCCGGCUUCGCACCGGGCGUCUUCAAUGUGCUAACCACCAGUCUUGAAAACACCCCGAGCCUCAGCGAAGCCAUGUGUCUGCACCCACUCGUCAAGAAAGUAACAUUUACGGGAUCGACACGCGUGGGCAAGAUUGUGGCAGGCCUGUGCGCAAAGAAUCUGAAGAAAUGCACGCUCGAGCUCGGCGGCAACUGCCCCUUCAUCGUCUUCGAUGACGCUGACCUUGACCAAGCCCUCGCGCAAUUUAUGGCCCUCAAAUGGCGCCAUGCCGGCCAGGCUUGUAUUUCAGCCAACCGCCUGUACGUGCAAUCCGGAGUCUACGACAAAUUCACCGCGAUGCUCGUGGAAAAGACCAAAGCACUAAAAGUUGGCCACGGCGCCACCGCCGGCACGACCAUGGGCCCCGUCACGACUCCGCGCGGUCUGGCGAAGGCCGAAGAACAAGCCGCGGAUGCCAUCAAGCUCGGUGCCAAACUUGCUCUGGGCACAGGGAAAGCGCAUAAGAAUGCCACGGCAGGCGAAGGUGCUGGCACCGGUAAAGGGGUGGGGGGAUAUUUCAUGGACCCCACCGUUUUGACGGAUAUGAAGGCCGAGAUGCUCAUGAGCCGUGAAGAGACGUUCGCACCUGUCUGUGGCGUGUAUAAGUUCGAAAAGGAAGAAGAGGCUGUGCGUUGGGCGAAUGAUACGUCCAUGGGUCUGGCGAGUUAUGCCUUCACCAAGAAUGUCGAUCGGUUAUGGAGGAUGUUGGAGAAUUUGGAGGCAGGCAUGAUUGGUUUGAAUACCGGCAACUCAUCCGCGGCCGAAUCUCCAUUCGGUGGUAUCAAAGAGAGUGGCUAUGGUAAGGAAUCUGGCAAAGACGUCGCGGUUAAUGAAUACUUGAUCUCCAAGACCGGCACGUUCACUAUUGAGGGACAGUAUUAG